AUGAACGAGUAUAUCGAAGAGCACAUCAAACGCCAUGGACGGCGGUUAGAUCAUUUUGAACGCAAGCGCAAGCGCGAAGCCCGUGCUGUUCAUCAGCAGUCCGCCGUCGCUCAAAAAGCCUUUGGUAUCAAGGGAAAACUUCUGCAUGCCAGACGCCAUACCGAAAAAGUGCAACUCAAAAAGACUCUCAAAGCUCACGACGAGCGCAACGUCAAACAGGCAGACUCGUCGACAGUUCCCGAUGGUGCUCUUCCCACAUAUCUCCUCGACCGCGAGGGACAGAAGGAUGCCAAGGCGCUUUCUACUGCCAUCAAGCAGAAGCGGAAAGACAAGGCCGCCAAGUACGCCGUCCCACUGCCCAAGGUUCGUGGUAUUGCGGAGGACGAGAUGUUCAAGGUUAUGCGGACGGGGAAGAGCAAGAGCAAACAAUGGAAGCGAAUGGUAACGAAAGCAACUUUCGUCGGAGAGGGGUUCACGCGCAAACCUGUGAAGAUGGAGCGAUUCAUCCGGCCGAUGGCCUUGCGGUUCAAGAAGGUGAACGUGACACAUCCCGACCUGAAAGCAACGUUCCAACUCCAAAUCCUCGGUGUCAAGAAGAAUCCUCAGUCGCCGAUGUAUACCCAGCUGGGUGUUCUUACAAAAGGAACAGUGAUAGAGGUCAACGUCUCCGAACUUGGUAUGGUGACUGCUGGAGGCAAGGUUGUGUUCGGCAAGUACGCUCAGAUCACAAACAAUCCAGAAAACGAUGGUUGCAUCAAUGCCGUACUGCGUAUGCUCUUCAUGUUUGUGCUCAUAUCGAUGUAUCGCUGA